UUUCGCAUGCAGCAGUGCCACAUUUGCCAUGUUGGCAGUUGGCACUUCCAUUUAGAAAACUCCUCUGCUGAGAUCUCUUAAAUGAAAGAGUUUCUUUUCAAAAUUCCGAGCGUAAUGAUUUUUUUCCUUUUUGUAGAAUAACUCAAUCAGUUUGAAUUAAAUUAUCAAAAGCGGGAAAUAUGAUAUUUAUAUGUAUUAAUGUAUAAGAAAGUAAAUUACAGAGGGAGUAACAAGAACUUAUGGUUUUAUGAUAUCAGACACAUGCUGUAAUUCGUCCAAACACAGGGCAAAAUGGCACAUCAACCAAUCAACAAUGCUUUCAUAUGCUACGACGGUCUCUGACUCGUAGUCAUAUUUGUACUGCUUCCGGGUUUCUGUGCAGUAUACAGUAUAUACCGACUGUACUCGUACGUACUCUCCGAGCUAAGUCGAUGAACUUGGUCCUCUCCGUUUAAGAUCUUGAACGAUUCUGCUAUGCUUAUGGAGGAUUGAUAUCAAUAUUUCCUUUGUAUUUUCAACGUUGGUUGUCAUCGACGUCGUUUCCUAGAUUUGUAAAUCAUCAUGGUAGUUGAUCUGUACGAACCACAGUACCUGGCCCUCAUUGUGUUUGGGGGCUUUGUGGCACUCUCCUUCGUGGUCUACGCGUUCUCAGCUUUCGGAAUACAAGAGAAGUCGUACGAGCAAGCUGUUGCCGAGCAACGGGCGAGGCUGGAGAAGGAGCAGAUACAGCAGAGAGAAGGCAAGCGUCAGAAGCGCAAGCAAUUCUUUGAGAAGAAGAAACGCGAGCGGGAAAAGCAUGAUAGCUCUCCAGGAAUUCUGCGCCAGGAGGUUGCACAGGCCAUUGAUCCGUACGUGGAAGAGAUGGAACAGGCACCUCCAUCUCCACCACCAGUCAAGGAGGAGAAGGUGAAGCCAGAGAAGGUGAAGCCAUCGCCAAAGAAACCCAAGCAGCCAAAGCCUCCGAAGCAGUCGCCCGUUGAAGAGACCAUCUUUGAGGCCAAACCUGCACCAGUUCAGGAAACCCUUCCUCCUCCGAAAGAAGCUCAUACAACCAAGAGCAAGCCACCAAAGGUUGUUGAAGAGCAGGUGCAGAAGAAUGAAGCACCGGAAGUGGCUGCUGCAGCACCACCCCUGGCUUCUCCUAGCAAAGCCAAGGCUAAGGCAAAGACUGCUGCUGGUGAUGGAGAGCCAUCAGCUUUAAAGGGAAAGACCCUGAUUUCUGCAGUGAAAAGUGCCCCCUUGAAGGAUGCGGAGAUCCAACAACUGAUUGAAAUUCUUCUCAACCGUCAGGGAGGAUCUGCAUCAGCUGAUGACUGGGUCAAGGCUAAUCAGAGGAAUGACCCAGUUUCCGCUCUCAAGAAACAGCUCCAGGAGAAAGAACAGGCUCUCCACAAUGAGAUGCUUCUUGCCCAGGCUGCCUCCCAGAAGGUGAAGGAAUUACGUCAUGAGUUGAACCACCAGAAGGAGCAUUCAGGCAGCGUAGAGACGCAGUUUAAGAUGAAGCUUGAGAGCCAAGCUCGUGAGAUUGAAGCCUUCCAUGUCCGUAUGCAACAGAGCCAUGAUUCCCACACCCAUGACACCCAAGCCCUUCAAGCUCGUAUCAAGCAGCUCCAGACUGUAUUAGAUGAUUCUAAGGUAGACGUAGUGAAUCAGCUCAGAGAAGAGAACAACAGACUCAAGACUGAAGCAGGACAUGCUGCUCAACAGAAGGAGCAGCUAAUGGGUCAGGAGCUGGCCCGUCUUCAGACGGAGCUUCAGAAGGUCCAGAGUAAACUCACAUCUACAGAGGACUUGAUGAGGCAGGGAGAGGAGCAUCGUAGAACACUGGAAACACAGAAUAACCAGUUCAAACAACAGAGGAGUAGUGAACAGCGUGAGAGUGAAGCAGCCGUCUCAAAGAGGUUGGCUGAAGUCGGCGAGGAGCUGAGGAAGGCCGAGGCUCGUAACCAAUCCCUUGCCCAAGCCAUGGAGGCCGCUAAUGGAGAGACGGAGAAGUUCAAGGGUCAAGUCACCGAGUUACGUCGUCUGGAUGGAGAUAGGAACAACACACUUCAGGCAAUACAGGCAAAAUUGAAGGAAUCUGAAUGCCAAUGUCAGAACCUGGAAGGUAAAGUAAGGACUGUGGAGAGUCAAUUAGCAGAGAAGGAACAACAGAAAACUCAGGCUGUACAAGAAGUAGAGAAUCUGAAGAAGGAAAAAGAUUCCCUCCAGGAAAUGUUAAGGACCCAAGAAAAGAGGUCAGAAGCUGAAGGUCAAGAAGCUCCGCCCCCUGCCAACGGCGAUGUAACUCAGACAGACUCCGCCCCCAAAGAGCCUUCUAUCCUCCUCAAGGAGCACAAUAAUUUGUUAGCAGAUAAGACGAAAGCAAUAGAGGGAUUAGAGCAGGAGUUGAAUUCAAGUAAAUCCGAGCUUACACAACUGCAGUCAUUGAUUGAGCAGCAGAAACAGAGGAAUAAUAACCUACGGGAGAAAAAUCGGAAACUAAUGGAGGUGGUGUCGGCAGCUGAGCAAUCUAGGGCAGAAAAUGCUGGACAGACAGCUAAGACAUUAAAGGAUGAAAUUCAAACUGCCGUAGUGAAAGAACAGAGUACUGUGAAGACAGUGCUAGAGAGGUUAUUCCCUACUGUAACAUUAGAACCAUCACAGGAUAACAAGGACUGGUUAGCUAAAUUUGAAGAGCAAGCAGGCCAGGUACUUAACAGUCAAUCUUCCUCAAAUUCACAGGUUGAUGAAUAUGUACUAAAGGUGAAUACAUUAGAAGCAGAAAAAGAGCAAUUAUCAUCACAGUGCCAGCAUUACCAAUCUGUUUUAGCUGAUACGGGCUCGUACUGGUCGAACUGGUUGAUGUUGCAGGAGGGAAUGGUCGACAAGCUCCAGCAGAGCGUGGAGAGCGAGGAGGAGCGCUUCAAAGGUCGGAUCCAUACCCUGGAGGCGGAGAAGGAGCAGCUUGAUAGGAAAUGCAAGGAGCUCCAGGGAGCCGGCGUAUCGCGAGGAGGCCAGGAGGCCUUGAAGAGGUUAGAAGAUAAAAAUAGCGAACUCUCGGAUCAGAACGAGGAGCUAGAAAGGAGAGUCGAGUCUGCGGAGGAGAGGUUAGACACGGCGGAGGCGAGGUUGAGAGAUCGAAUCGGAGAGAUGGAGAAGGAGAAGGUUCAACUCACAGCGCAGUGUCAUCACUACCAAGUGGUGUUGAAAGAAACCGAGGCGAUUCUUAACAAACUUCAGAGUAGUGUAGAGACAGAAGAGGUUAAAUGGGAAGAGAGGUUAAAUCAAACGGAAUCCAACCUAGGCCAGGCUAAAUCUGAAGUCGACUCAUUACAAGAAGAAUUGGCUUCAUUGUCUUCUUCUCAGUCACAGAAAAAGGGAACAAACCCGCCAGAGACCACUGAAAAUUCAAGGUUGUCCUCCGAGCUCGAGGAGGCCCAAGCCACGAUAGAAACACUCAGGCGGGACCAACAGGCGGCGGCGUCGAACUACGAGACGACAAGCCAGGAAUUAGAAGAAUUGAAAACGCAGCUUCAUCAGUUGAAAGAGCAGCUGGAAGCAGCCAAUCAGAGGGUAGAACAGAGCCACGACAGAGAGGAAGAAAACCAGGAGACCAAGAAUAGGCUAUCUUCAUCUGAAGCGGAAGUGAAGAGGCUAUCCGCUGACCUGGAGCAAGCCAAGGCCAGUCUGUCUGACCUGCAGUCAAAGAUCACAUCCUCCGAAGGUCAAGGUGAAGAGGUCAAAGCUCUCCAGAAACAACUAGCUGAAUCUCAGAGCAGGCUGGAUGCCUCGGAGAAGGAGAUUAGCUCCUUGAAAGAGGCAGCGGCUGCAGCUCCAGCUGGAGGGGAUGAUGGAGCCAAGGAGAAGCUCAACAAGGCACUCAGUGAGGCCGAGGAGAAGGCUGCUGCUCAGCAGAAGGAAAUUGCAACUUUGAAUGAUAACCUGAAGAAAGAGAGGACUCUCACCCAAGACCUGGGAAAGGCAGCUGCCAAGCUUCAGGCCAUGCUAAAGAAAACCCAAACAUCUCUGAACACAGAGAAAGAAACAGUGGCUAAACUCAAGAUGCAGAGCGGGGCCAAAGAAGGGGCCCAAGAGAGUACGUCAUUGACAGAAAGCCAAGUAGAAUUGCAACUAGCAGAUGCGGCCAAUGAGGAGACGAAACAAGCCGAUGGUACAGGGGUAUAGCUGAUGCAGUCGCCUCGUUGAUACAGCAGCAGCAGUAGCAUCACCAGCCCUCCUAAAUGAUACAGUGCAACUCAUAUACACAACGGCCAAUACCUUGUUCCAUUGUAUACACUUCUGCAUGCUUGACUCAUAUCGGUAGUAGGGGUAGAUUGUUAUUAUUAUUAUCAUUAGUAAUUAUACUGUACUUAAACAAUUCUGUGUAGUGUACAGGCCAGGUCUUGGCAUAUCAGAAUAAAAACACAAUGGAGCAUCACUUUUCUAAAGAUAAUGCCCUUAAAAAUAUGUAAGAUGGAAUCUAAAGGAAAGUGGUAUUAUAUAAAGAGGUUUUUAUUUUGUUCUAGCCAGUAUAUACAUUGAUUCAAAGUAAUACCCUAACAAAAUAGUAGGUAACAUUGAAAAUAAUGUUUAUAUUGGUUAAAUAGAUGAAAUUUCAAGUAUUUUUUUCUCUCUUUAAAUUUUUGUUCUUGAUUCCAUGUUUGUUUUUGUUUUUUUUAAAAUAAUUUUCUUAGAGCAACAGAUCGCUGUAAGUUUCUUUUGGAGAUCUGGGAGAUUUCAUUGUGAUUUAUUUUUGUUUAUCUUUAAUUAAAUGUAUAAUAAU